AUGGACGCCCCGCACCCGGUUGUUGCUCAGCUCACCGAGGAUGCUCGUAGCGAGAGCAUGGGCUCUCAGAAUUCCCAGACCGCGAAAGAGUUUAUCGAGUCCCAGCUUCAACUAGAGGCAGAUGCGCGCGAGGCUCUUCCUUAUGCCUUCGACUCUUGCACAUAUGACCUUGGACCAUUGCGACAGGUCCUCUUUGCGUGUCUCACAUGCAACCCCCUCCUUCCGACUCCACCGAAUCCUAUACUGCCGCUGGCGUCUGUUACUCGUCGCAACUUUGUUUGCGACUGUGGAACCACCCGUUUACCAUCAUCGUCAUGCUGCACACUCCGUGAAGAUCCCACAACCGGCAAGAAGGACGUCCACUCCCAAGAGGCUGCAGCAAGCAACGCAUACAACCAUAACUUUCGCAAUCAGUUCUGUGGCUGUGGCGAACAGUACGAUGCGUAUUCAGAAAAGGGGACAAUGUAUCAAUGCCUGGGUCUUGGCACAGUCGAAACCGGAGGCUGUGGCGAGGACUGGUGGCACCCGGAGUGUCUCAUUGGCUUAUCGCGUGAUUGGAACAAGGCUGCCCCCAAGGCUAAUGGACUCGGCGGCGGUGAUGCCACUAAUGAUGCUUCAGUCGAGGAAGAAGAAGAUCUGCUCCCACCUGGGUUUCCCGCAGAAGAUGAUUUCGACCAUUUGAUCUGCUUCAAAUGCAUCGACUCUAACCCCUGGAUCAAGCCCUAUGCGGGCACUCCUGGGUUCUUGCCACCAGUUUUCCGAGAAGGUGGACUCAAGAAGACCUCAAAUUUGACCGAGGAUGUCUCUGUACCUGCCAGUGAGCCUAAGGAGACCGAACCUAAGGAUCAGGAGAAGACCGAACAAUCAAAAAAGCGCAAGGCAGAUGACGAAGAGCCUGCCGAAGGAGAGCAUGUUACCAAGCGAACAAAAGAUGAAGAACAAGAAGCUCCUGCCGGGGGACAGCCAUUGAAGGUCAUGAAGGAAGAGGAGCUUACCAAGGAAGAAAACGAUUCUCCCACAAAGCCCUCCGCCCCCAAGCAUACCGAGCUCCCCAAGUCCACUCCAAUGGAAUCAUUCUCUCUUUUUGCCUUAGAUGAGUUCCAUGGUCAGCUGUGCCGCUGCGCAGAGUGCUUCCCCAAGCUUGUUCCCCACCCCCAGCUUCGCGAAGAAGAAGAGACCUAUGAGCCACCUAUGUCUGACGACGGCCAGGAUAACGGUGCCGCAAGUGUCGGUACAGGCAGUAUCUACGACCGCGGCGAGGCAGCACUAAACAACAUGGAUCGGGUGCGCGCCAUCGAGGGCGCAAUGGCAUACAACCACCUUCGCGACAAGCUGAAGGUGUUCCUGCAGCCCUUCGCUGAGAGUGGACAGGCUGUCAGUGCCGAAGAUAUUAAGGGCUACUUUGAGGCGCUACGUGGUGAUGAGCAGGGCAUCAAAGAUGCUGCCAAUCACGCUUCUACUGCGGGUGGUGGCGCCAAGGAUGAUACCGACGGAGAUAAGCGACACGAACAGAAUGGUAAGUGA